GGGUAAGGGUUAGUGUCCUUGCUACAUACCCACACUGUUAUGCACGAAUCAUGCAUUAUACAAGUCGGACACUUGUAGAAUGGAUUCGCAACUGAAACUCAAUUCAGGUGUGCAAUAGAGUGCCGUACAUCGCAAGAAGAAUGGCUCGGGAUUACAAACCGGGUGACCUGAUCUUUGCGAAGAUGAAGGGCUACCCUCACUGGCCUGCCAGGAUUAAUGACUACUCUGAUGGAGCUGUGAAGCCGGCCAACAUGAAGUUUCCCAUCUUUUUCUUUGGUACCCAUGAAACUGCAUUCCUAGGCCCCAAAGAUAUAUAUCCCUACCUGCCCAAUAAAGAGAAGUAUGCCAAGCCUAACAAGAGAAAGGGCUUCAACGAAGGCCUGUGGGAGGUUGAGAACAACCCAAAGGUGGAGCUGAAUGGAGAGAAGCAAAUGAUGCUGUCGGAUAACGUAACGGAGAAGGACUCUGACAGUAACCCGGAAGGGGACGAGGAGGGAGAUUAUGAGAAGAGGAAGAAACCCAAAGUGUCGGGGGCUGAGAGUGAGGCAGGACAGGAGGAAGAUGAUGAUGAGGAGGAUGGGGGCAUGCAGGUCUCUGAACAGGGACAGCCCCAGGGCCAGGAUGAACUGUUCUGGGACUUGGAAACUAGACUCUUGCCUGCUGACUUGGACCCCACACCAAAUGAAUCUACAGACACUCCCAAACCCAAGAGAAGAAGGAAGAAAAAGAGUGAUGUAGAGGCCGACUCUGAGAAAGAGGACGCUGCCAACAGUCCCACAUCCAGCCCUCAAGAUGGAGAGGGCCCCACUCCUAAGCGGCGAGGCAGGAAGACCAAAGCUGAGAAGAUGCUCCUACUCCAGCAGCAGGACCCCCAGGGCUCAGGCAGUGACAUGGACACUGCUGAGUCGGAGAGAAAGAGAAAGAGGACGCCGGAAGACAAGUCCAUGAGAGGAGAGGAGGAGAAGAGGCCGGACGGGAGGAGAAAGAAGGAAGACAACAAAGGGAGAGAGUUGGAGGGGAAGAAGGACCCUGAUGCUAAACGGAGGAGACAGACCAAAGAGGAGAGCUCCUCUGACUCAGAGAACCAGGAGAAGAGCAAGGGGGUUGCGGGAGACCGCAAGCGGCAGCAGCCCACUCUGACCGAGACAGGGGACAAAGACGAUCGUCAACGACGUAAACCAGACGAGCAGAAAGAGCAAAACAAAGAUGAUGGAAACAAAGUGGAUGAAAGGAAAGGAGACAAGAAGAAAGAGAUAUCGAUAGAAUCGAGGCUGCAGAGGUUGCAUGGAGAAAUCAAAAUCUCCCUCAAGAUUGACAACCCAGAUGUGAAGAAGUGUCUGGUGGCGUUGGAUGAGCUGGGCAUGCUGCAGGUCACCACCCAGCACCUGCAGAAACACUCAGAGCUCAUUGCAACACUCAAAAAGAUCCGGAGGUUCAAGGCCAGCCAGGACAUCAUGGACAAGUCCACCAUGCUGUACAACAAGUUUAAGAGCAUGUUCCUGCUGGGGGAGGGGGAUCAGCUGCUCAGCCAGGUGCUCAACAAGUCCAUAGCAGAGCAGAAGCAGCAGGAGGAGGCCAGGAAGGGAGCACAGAAGAAGGCUGAGCGGGCCAGGGAGAACAACACAGAUAACAAUAUGAAUGGCGACUCCAGUCCGGAUGAUAAGAAGCAGGAGUCGGACAAGGAGAAGCCUGCUGAAGAGGCCUCUACAGGUGAUAACAGCAGUGUAGUGAAGGCCCAAGAGGAAACCAACUGAUGAAGAAACAUCUGACUGACUAAACUGAAGGGGAUGUUGGUGCUGCUGACCUUCUCCUGAGUCCUGACUGAUCUGUGCUGAUCCCACCUGCACACACUAGUCCAAACACCACCAAUAAGAGGUCCUGUUGCUUUGACAUGUCGUACAAAUCCAGGCUCUUCUCUGAACACCCACGUCUUAAACCCUACAGAGCAGUGUCUUCCAAAGUCCUAUUUUAGAUUUAAUUUUUUAUGAUGAAUGCGUCCACUGUGGCUGUUUUUUAAACUGAUGGUAGUAAAAAGUGGUUCCACAAGGAAAAUGUUUAAUUUAACUAGGCAAGUCAGUUAAGAACAAAUUCUUAUUUUCAAUGACAGCCUAGGAAAAGUGGGUUAACUGCCUGUUCAGGGGCAGAAUGACAGCUCGGGGGUUUGAACUUGCAACCGGUUACUAGUCCAACGCUCUAACCACUAGGCUACCCCAAUAAUACUUGCAUAUCUAACCCAUCCCUGACCUUACUUUGUUUGAACUAUUCUGCUAUGUGGCGAAAAUUUGACAGUAUCAUGUUUGAGAAUGUCAUGGCAAAAAUGGGAGUGGGACAAGGAAGCUUUAUAGUCUGUUUUAAUAAUCACUUAACGUUUGACAUGGCAAGAUCUUGCAGUUCAACUCUCUGAAUUAUACAAGAUAGAUAAAAUAUACGGUAGUUACUGGUAGAGGAGUCUUUGUAUUACUAGUUAGUUUAGGCAAAUGUACUUAAUACUGACCAAUAUUACUCUGGGUAGGUGCACAUUUUGUUCUUGCACAGAAAGGAAAUACUACUUGUGCCAAAGUUUUUCUUCCACUCGCACACCCAAGUUUAAAUGUCUAUCUGUUGUAAAUAAGAGUAUUUUUGUGCCUGUCUGAAAGCCUGUUUAGCCUCCUUUGUAAUAAAGCAUUGGUUCAAUAACCGUUUGUCGGUAACUACAAA